AUGUCAUUGAUGGAUGAUUUAAGCAUAAGGGACAGACAGAUCUGUAUGUUUAUUUUUCAAAUUCUUGCAUCGACCGGUAUUUUGUAG